AUGGCCCAAGACCUGGACACCAGCCAAAUCAAACAUUGGCGAUCCAUCAUAACUCUCAUCACCUUUGUUAUAACAAAUAUCGUCGUGCUUUUCCCUUUUCACGUCCCAAUAUACAUCCCACGAUGGCUUUCCAACGUCAUUCUGGAUGGCCUGGGUGCAUUGCGCAUAAUACCCCGCCGCGAGAUACCCUCGCAACCCGAGAAGAAACCAAGCUCGUUCGUGCGGCUAAGCCUACCUCUCAAUUUCGUGACCGCGCCAUUAAUAGCAGAUCUCUUCCUUCUGGCUAUCCUGGCCAUUGGUCGUCAAGAGGUUCAUGAUGGAACCAUCGGUUCGGACAACAUCUCUCCCAUCGACAUCAUGGCAUUCUUCCUCACAUUGGCUUAUAUCGCCAUCUCCAUUGAUGCGUCCGGUCUCAUCAGAUACCUGGCCUUCAAGGUACUUCAGAAAGGAGGCGGCGUGGGCCACCGAUUAUUUUUCUUCCUCUACGCCUUCUUCUUCGGGCUCGGCAGCUUCAUUGGAAACGAUCCAAUUAUCUUGUCCGGCACAGCCUUUCUCGCCUACAUGACCCGUGUGUCAAGAAAUAUUGUCCACCCCAGGGCCUGGAUUCAUAGCCAGUUCGCCGUGGCCAACAUCGCCUCGGCCAUUUUGGUCUCCUCCAAUCCCACUAAUCUGGUUCUGGCUGGUGCUUUCAAGAUUAAAUUCAUCGUGUACACUGCCAACAUGAUUGUCCCAGUGGUAGUAACCGCCAUCGUCAUUUUCCCCUUCUUGCUAUACAUCAUUUUUGCAGACGUAUCUCUGAUCCCGCUCUCUAUUGAAAUGCACGAGCUCUCCGAUGAGGCCAAAGCUAAGAAGCCCGUGAAUCCUAAUAUUCCCAACGCCAGAGGUACCGACGAGGUGAUUGAAGAGGAGAAUCCCGAGCAUGGCAAAUCCCUUUCCCUAGAAGAGAUUAUGAACCCCUUCCUGGAUAAAGGAGGCGCCGCGUUUGGCGCUGUCAUUAUGGCCGCCACCCUCAUUACCCUUCUCGUGCUUAACGCCGCGACCGACUCUGGCCAUGAGCGACCAGUGUAUUGGGUAACCCUACCCGCCGCUUUUGUCAUGCUCUGCUGGGACCUUGCAUCAGGGUGGAUUCACCGGCACGAGACACGCGAAAUUGCCGCCAAGGGUCGGCGGGGGCUUGAAAUUGCUCGAGAACGGCAGAAAUCACUUUGUGCCUCGCCGGAACAAAUGGCAGUCGAUUGCACGCCAUCUAUUGCACAUGACCGUUUAUCACCGAGCCCGGAUACAAAGCACGCAAAUGGUGGUAUAUCAAUCGAUGCCGCCGCCGACGGAAGCACCGACACCAAAUCGCCUCAUCCGGACUGUCAAACGCCUGUGUCAGCUUCGGUCAUUGCUGAAAAGGAGGAGCCGUUCCCCGAUAUGCUACCAGAAGCUACAAUCGUAAAUAGCUCGAAAGAACGGGCUCUCACAUCUUCGCCUGAGGCCCUAGACGCACCACCAUCCGAUGGGAUCGAUGAGGAGACACGAGGAGCUGUGUACAAUCCCGAGAAAAAAACGCCAACAACUCUGGUAUCACUCGCUGCCGAUAUCUACCGGUGGCUACAGGAGACCUUUCCCACUGUCACAGUAGUAAUGUCUCACCUCCCAUUCCCGCUGAUUCCAUUUGCGCUGUCCAUGUUCGUCCUCGUGCAAGCACUUGUGACCAAGGGAUGGGUGCCAGUAUUUGCCUAUGGAUGGGAUCACUGGGUCAAGAAAACUGGGUCGGUUGGGGCAAUUGGCGGUAUGGGAUUUUUGUCUGUGAUCCUAUGCAACUUUGCCGGAACGAACAUCGGGACAACCAUCCUCCUCUCCCGCGUUAUCCAAUCCUGGGAAGAAAUCCAUCGCCAAAAUAGAACCCCCAUCAGUGAUCGUGACUUCUGGGCUACAGUGUACAGCAUGGCUCUGGGUGUCAACUACGGCGCAUUUAGCACGGCGUUCAGUGCAUCAUUGGCUGGUCUGCUGUGGCGCGAUAUCCUGGCAAGAAAACAUAUCCGCGUGGGUAGUAUUGAGUUUGUUCGUGUCAAUCUGCCUAUUAUUGCUGUUGCUAUGGCUGUUGGGUGCACUGUUCUGGUUGGCGAGGUCUAUAUUGUGAGGAAAACCACACCUUACAUCAUAUGA